UUUUCUCAGCCACGGGACGCCGCGACGUUAGCCCGGGGGAAGCCAGAAGCGCCAUUGUGAUGCAGCGGGAUGGGUGGAGCCAUCAAGGCUCAAUUUAGAUCCCUCUGCUUUUAGGCGCGCCCAUUUCAGAUUGCUAAACCGUGCUGCGAAGGGGGGCCGGGGCGGGGUGGAAAAGGCCGGCCGGAGGUGGCCAGCCACACCCCGCGGGGCACGCACUUGGCGGGCAGCGGACCCCGCGGGCAGACGCCGAGAUGCGCAGCCGGAGGCUCCUGAGCGCUGCCCACCUUCUCUGCGUGUGCGCCGUCGCGCUGGCCGGCCCCGGGUCCCGCUUUCUGGUGACGGCCCCAGGGAUCAUCAGGCCCGGAGCAAAUGUGACUGUUGGGGUGGAGCUCCUGGAAAACAGUCCCCCCCAGGUCACUGUGAAGGCUCAGGUGUUCAAGCAGGUUUCCAACAGAACGGUCUCCGUCCUGAAAGCGGAAGGAGUCUUUGAAAAAGGCUUUUUCAAGAUUCUUACCCUUCCAGCACUACCUCUGAACAGUGCAGAUGAGAUUUAUGAACUACACGUUACUGGAAGUUCUCAGGAUGAGAUUUUGUUCUCCAACAGCACGCGCUUAUCAUUUGAGACCAAGAGAGUAUCUGUCCUCAUUCAGACAGACAAGGCACUCUACAAGCCGAAGCAGGAAGUGAAGUUUCGUGUGCUCACACUCCACUCAGAUUUCAAGCCUUAUAAGACAUCAUUGAACAUUUUCAUUAAGGAUCCGAAGUCUAAUUUGAUCCAGCAGUGGUUUUCUCAGCAAGGUGACCUCGGGGUCGUUUCCAAAACUUUUCAAUUAUCCUCGGAUCCAAUACUUGGUGACUGGUCCAUUCAGGUUCAAGUGAAUGAUCAGCAUUAUUAUCAAUCUUUCCAGGUCUCAGAAUAUGUGCUACCAAAGUUUGAGGUCACUUUGCAGAUGCCGUUGUAUUGUUCAUUGAACGCCAAGAAUUUAAGUGGCACCGUCACAGCAAAGUAUACAUAUGGAAAGCCAGUGAAGGGAUAUGUAACACUUACAUUUUUACCUGUAUCUUUCUGGGGAGAGAAGAAAACUAUCACAAAAAACUUUGAGAUAAAUGGAUCCAGAGACUUCUCUUUUGAUGAUAAAGAGAUGAAAAAGGUGAUGGAUUUGUCGGAUGGGAGUUCUGAACACAUGGACCCCUCCAUCCCUGGGCCCAUAGAGAUCGUAGCCACUGUGACAGAAGCACUCACAGGUAUCUCGAGAAACGCAAGUACCAAUGUGUUUUUCAAGCAACACGAUUACAUCAUUGAGUUUUUUGAUUAUGCUACCGUCUUGAAGCCAUCCCUCAACUUUACAGCCACUGUGAAGGUCAGCCGCUCUGAUGGCAAUGAGCUGACCAAAGAAGAAAGAAUAAAUGACUUAGUCAUAACGGUGACCCAGAGGAAAAAUAGCAACAUCUGGAGAAGGUGGUACAGUGAAGACCAGGAAACGGAUGAUGUCCAGAACAUAAAUUACACUAUCCCUCAAAAUGGAGUCUUGAGGAUCGAAUUCCCAAUCCUGUACAAUUCCAGUGAGCUACAGCUGAAGGCUUCUUUUCUUGAUAGUGUAAGUUCUAUGGCAGUUCACGGCAUGUUCACCUCUCCUAGUAGGACAUACAUCCAGCUUAAAACCAGAGAGGACCAUGUAAAGGUGGGAUCACCUUUUGAAUUGGUGGUUACUGGCAACAGGCAAUUUGAGGACUUAAGCUAUAUGGUAGUAUCAAAGGGACAGUUGGUGGCUGUAGGCAAACAAAAGUCGAGAACUUUCUCUUUAACACCAGAAGCUUCCUGGGCUCCAAAAGCCUGUAUAAUUGUGUAUUAUGUUGCAGAAGACGGGGAGAUUAUAAACGAUGUUAUAAAAGUCCCUGUUCAGCUUGUUUUUAAAAAUAAGGUAAAGCUGUUUUGGAGUAAAUCUAGUGCCAAGCCGUCCGAGAAGGUCUCUCUCAGGAUCUCUGUAACACAGUCUGACUCCAUAGUUGGGAUUGUAGCUGUUGAUAAAAGUGUGAAUUUGAUGAAUGCCUCAAACGAUAUUACAAUGGAAAAUCUGGUCCAUGAACUGGAACUUUAUAACACAGGAUAUUACCUAGGCAUGUUCAUGAACUCCUUCGCUGUCUUCCAGGAGUGUGGUCUCUGGGUGAUGACGGAUGCAAACCUUGUAAAGAAUAACAUUGAUGGUGUUUACGACACCGCAGAGUACGCUGAGCGGUUUGUGGAGGAAAAUGACAUGAACCAGGUUGAUUUUCAAGGCUUUUCUUCAGUCAGCAAUCCACACGUCAGGAAGCAUUUUCCAGAAACCUGGGUUUGGCUGGACUCCCACAUGAGCUCCAAGGUUCGCCAAGACUUUGAAGUUACUGUCCCUGAUUCCAUCACUUCUUGGGUGGCUUCUGCUUUUGUGAUCUCAGAAGACUUGGGUCUUGGGCUAACAACUGCUCCAGCAGAGCUGCAAGCCUUCCAACCAUUUUUCAUUUACCUGAAUCUUCCCUACUCUGUUAUCAGAGGUGAAGAAUUUGCUUUGGAAGUAAUCAUAUUCAAUUAUUUGAAAGAAGCCACUAAGGUCAUAGUACUCAUCGAGGAAAGUGACAGCUUUGACAUUCUAAUGUCUUCAAGUGACAUCAAUGAUACCAUAUACCGGCAGAAUGUUGUAGUUCCCAGCGAGGAUGGGAUUACUCUGCAUUUCCCUAUCAAGCCAACAUGCUUGGGAGAAAUUCCCUUCACGGUGAAAGCUGCCUCACAUGCUGCUUCUGACACUGUCACCCAGACAGUUUUAGUAAAGGCUGAAGGGAUAGAAAAGUCAUAUUCACAAUCCAUCUUACUGGAUCUGACUGACAACAAAGUACAAACUAUCCAGAGAACAUUGAAUUUCUCGUUUCCUCAUGAUACAGUCAAUGGCAGCGAAAGAGUCCAGAUCACAGCAGUUGGAGAUAUCCUUGGUCCUUCCAUCAAUGGCUUGGCCUCCCUGAUACGGUUGCCUUACGGUUGCGGCGAACAGAACAUGAUAAACUUCGCCCCAAAUAUUUACAUUUUGGAUUAUCUGACGAAACAGAAGAAGCUGACUGAUAAUUUAAAAGAGAAGGCCCUUUCAUAUAUGAGGCAAGGCUACCAAAGGGAGCUUCUCUAUCAGAGGGAAGAUGGCUCCUUUAGUGCCUUCGGGAAUAGUGACCCUUCUGGGAGCACUUGGCUGUCAGCAUUUGUUUUAAAGUGUUUUCUGGAAGCUGAUUCUUAUAUCGAUAUUGAUCAGAAUGUGUUACAAAGAACAUAUGCUUGGCUCAGAGCACAUCAGAAAUCCAAUGGUGAAUUCUGGGAGCCAGGACGAGUGAUCCACAGUGAACUUCAAGGUGGCAAUCAAAGCCCAGUGACACUUACAGCCUACAUUGUGACUUCUUUCUUGGGCUACAGAAGGUAUCAGCCUAAUGUCAAUGUACAAGACUCUGUCAAGUUUUUGGAGUCUGAACUCAGCAGAGGAAUUUCGGACAAUUAUACCUUAGCGCUUGUAACCUAUGCCCUGUCUUCAGUGGGGAGUCCUAAAGCAGAGGAUGCUUUGCGUAUGCUGACUCAGCAGGCAGAAAAGGAAGGAGACACGCAGUUCUGGUUGUCAUCCACCCCCUCGCUUUCUGAGUCCUGGCAGCCCCGCUCCCUGGACAUUGAAGUUGCAGCUUACGCACUGCUCUCACACCUGCAGCACCGUAUUUCUGAGGGAAUCCCGGUGAUGAAGUGGCUCAGCAGGCAAAGGAAUAGCCUGGGAGGUUUUGUAUCCACGCAGGAUACUGUUGUGGCCUUGAAGGCGCUAUCUGAAUUUUCAGCCCUAGUGCACAUGGAAAAUACAGACAUACAAGUGACUGUCACGGGGCCCAGCACACCGCAACCUGUGCACUUCCGGAUUGACACACAGAACUGCUUUCUCCUCCAGACGGCAGAGCUUGCUGCAGAAGAGCUCACUGUAGUGAAUAUUUCUGCACAUGGUUUGGGAUUUGCUAUCUGUCAGCUUAAUGUUUUUUAUAAUGUGAAAGGUUCCCGUUCUUUGAGAAGUUUGAGGUCUAUCCAAGAAAAAGAAGCUUUUGAUUUAGAUGUUAAUGUGAAAGACAAGGAUGAUGUCAAUCAUGUGGAUUUGAAUGUGUGCACAAGGUUUUUGGACUCAGCCAGGAGUGGCAUGGCCCUUAUGGAGGUUAACCUUCUCAGUGGUUUUAUUGUACCUUCAGAUGCAAUUCCUCUGAACGAGGUGGUGAAGAAAGUGGAAUAUGACCAUGGAAAAGUCAACCUUUAUUUAGAUUCUGUAAAUGAAACCCAGUUUUGUGUUGCUAUUCCUGCUGUGAGAAACUACAAAGUUUCAAAUACACAAGAUGCUUCCGUAUCCAUAGUGGACUACUAUGAACCAAGGAGACAGGCAGUGAGAAGCUACAACUCCAGGGUGAAGCUGUCCUCAUGUGACCUCUGUGGAGACACCAGCUGCAGUCCAUGUGAGAAUGGAGCCAUGGGCUCCCUUCCGCGUUCUUCAAGCCUUUUUGCUCUUUGUUUUAUUCUUCUGUACUUGGUACAACAUUGAUUAUGACUUAUUUUUCAAGGACUCCAUCUAAAACUAGUAUUUCCGGAAAGUCAAGUGUGAUUGUUUUCUUUCUACAACUGAUGAUUGCUUCUGAUGAUUUUGAAAAUCAACUGUUUCCCUUUCUUGGGGGUCCUGGGGGGGGGAAUGUCUGCAACAGGCCGGAGCUUGUGUAGGCAUGUAAACCAGUCUACCUGAUCUCUUUGUGGAAGGUGGUCAGAAUGAAGACACUUGUGUCUCUUUAUUUCUCCUUGAAAAUAAUUUUUUAGAUGCUUUUGUUUUCUCCAGAAUAAAAAUGUUAUUUUCCAUUAUUCCUGUUUUGUAAAAGAUGUGGGAGUAUGUGAUGGAGAGGGGGGAGGGAUGGGGGCUUGUGCGCUUUACACAGCUUGACCUUCAGCAUUUGCUUUGGUGUCCAGGGAGCAGCAGCCUGUACUUGCUCUGCGUUCCCUCCCACAUCUGCCCUGACUCUGCUGCGGGCCCAUCCCGCCGUCAGCGAAGCUUUAUGAUCAGCUCAUUGGUUCUUUUUAGAAUGUAGGUGGUAAAAUUCCGAAAGCAAAACGGUCUUUUUCUGCUCCAGAUCCGAUGACACACCCUAGACUUUACUCUCCCCAAUUUCUUUAUAGAGGCCCGGUGCAUUUUCAAUGUCUCACUGCUCCAGGGGUGACAUGACACUGGAAACUGCCCUUAGGGGUGCUGGGGUACUCUCUUCUGUCAUGUGGCAGUCUUGCCCUGGCUUUUCUUCAGGGGUGAGGGUUGGCAAGUCCUGUAAUGUGCGCCUGCACGCCUCGGACUGAAGAGUGACCAGGAAACACCAUGGACCAAGGGUACAAGAAAUACUGCCCAUGUCACAGCCGACCACCUCCCUGGGUCUGGGAAAGAAGCUGAGGUUGGAGGUCUCGAAGACUAUGGACAUGAUUCCUGACGUAUUACAGUGCUGGCCCUGGCUUCUGUUCAGUCUCCUGCAGCCACAGGGUCAGGGCAUUGGGCUGCCAAGGGUCCUGAUGCUGCAAGUCAUUAAGAAGAUCCCAAAUUCCGAGUUAAACUUGUUCAUUUAUUCGUGUGAGCACUUAAAGGAAAAGUUCUCUUCUUAUCUCUUUACCCUUUUGUUGGCGGUUGGUCUGAUGCGUGUUACUGGCCCAUAAAUCUGGUUACACCUAUCUUUGUUUUGUAAAUCGGCCUAAGACAUAUCUGAUUGGUUGAUUAUACAGCCUUAGGGCAGAAUGGGGUAGACGUGGCUAAGCUUCCCUGGCUUGGGGUUCAAGAGAGGAUCAUGGGAAACAGAUGGCCUGGAAGAGUGGAAGAAGGAGGAUGCCAUUGAUGGGUUAGCCUGGAGAAGGAACUUCGUGGGGCCUGGAGGAAGGACUCUAAUAAUGGCAUGAAAAGCCCCACAUAAAGAAUAAAAAGCAAGUAUUUAUAAGAUUAUGGAUGGAAGGUAGAAUGGUUAAGGAGGAUGGCAUUGGAUGGGGGCUGGGAGAUGGAUGGUGAGGUGAUUCAGACAGUGUGGGUAGGAAUAUCUGCCCAGCCCAAGGUAAAUAAGACAGUUAUAAAAUCUAACAGGUGUCUGUGUCUUGUUAUUUGUGAUAGUGAGUUAAGUAAUACUGCCAUGAUAAUCUUGGAGCUCAUAAUAGAUACUAUACAGCCCAACAACGUUUUAAAAAUACAACACGUCUUCUCUGCCUUUCAGCUUUCCCUCCUGAGUAUACUGAAAUGUUAGAUAUGUAAAAAAAAAAAUUAAAGAUUUUAAUGAAAUAAGUCUAAGAAGUGGUUUACCCACUGCCUUGGAAACUGACGAUACCAGCAUAACUCACUCCCACAUUUGCCGGUGCGCCGGUUGUGCAGGCUGAGUACGGUGAUAAGCAGCAGGUGAAAAGCAUGCAGAACAGAACAGCGCUUCUGUGUGCUGGCCACCUCGCCACAUUCUGUUCCGGUUCUAAAAAAAAGGGGGAAGGACGGCUAAGGUGUUACCAGUGAGUGAGAUGCUCAGGAGACCACGGCACUCCUCUGCAGUCCAUGCGCACACUGCUUUUUAAAAACACUGGAGGCAGGAUCUGUGGGUUGGCACUUUAGCUGUAAGAUGGGAGGGAGUUGUGCCCGUGUGGACGCAGACACACGGCUUUCCCUCAGUUUGCUGUUCACACAGACAGUGCUACAGCCGGUACGUGGGAGGUUUCAGAACUGUAGGUGUAACCCUGGAUCCUGGUCCCUUGGGCCUAAGUUUAUUUUCUGUUUCUAAAAUCAUGCUCACCCUGCAGUUUUCUUGAUGUAAAUAUAAUUAUAUAUAUUUCCUGGCCAAUAUAUCAUCAGUUAUUUUUAUUUUGAUUAAACAGUUCAGUUUGUAUUUGACAUUUCUGGCUGUCCUAUGACAUAAAAAAAAAAAAAAAAUGGUGCUACGAUUGCUUUUUGUCAUUAUCGUCUUAAAAAGGGCCAGCAUUUCUCCCCUGCUGUCAUAUAACUCUGGAGUUCUUUGUAACAACCCUCCUUUCUUCUGAUUUGCAUUUUCGAGCUACUGAUGCUCAUAUAAAAAUUCUGUCUUAGGAUUUUCAGCUUAAGGAUGAUAAUAACUAUUAUGGGUCUUUUAAGAGGGUACGGUGACUCGAGGUACCGUUGCAUUUGCUUGAGGCAUCUUUCUCACAUGGUAAACUUAGGACGCGCACGGUUACUAGGCCCACUCUUGGAUAAGUCUCAGAACCCGCUGCGUUCUCGGCAGAAGCUUCCGUCAUGCAGAGGAACUCACUGUUUUUUGUUUAAAACUCCGACAAAGUAUGGCUCUUUUAAGAACUUGAACUCUCCCUGCCUAUGCAAAUGACAGUCACAUUCGUAUUAAAUACUUUAGUUAUAUUGGGAGCAGUGUAAGCCUGCAGUCUUUGUUAGCAUUUUGAAUAGUGGAUCUUUAUACUACUUCAAGAAACUAAGGAAGGGGUUGCAAAAUGUCAUUAAGUAUAUGACGGUGAGAAUAAGCUUGUUUAAGAUCUUUUCUAGCCAGUGAGUUCUGUUUCACGUGCCUUAUCCAAAGUCAGUGUCACACUGUAUUAUGCCAUAAAGUAUAUGGUCAUUGUCAUCUCAGUUAUAAGAAGAAAAAAACCUUAGAAGAAUUCUGAGUCUCUUACUACAGGGCAGUUAUACAUCGGUACCUAUUUGCCUGUAGUAGAGAUAUAUAUGACCCAUUGGCAGAUUGUAAAGAAUUAUCUUUGAUAUGGUGAUGGUAAAUUUUUGAUUGUCAGUUUGACAGGAUCUGGGAACAAAAAAGGGACAUGCCCCUGCCUGGGUGGGUCUAUGAAAGCAUUUCCAGAAAUGACUAAUGAGUAAACCCUCCUUAGAGGGAAGGCCAAAGAAACUGGUGUCUGGUAUCAGCAAAGGGCGGCAGCACCGGACUGGGAUAUACACACCCAAUCAGCAAGAAGUGAAGGCAGGCAGGCAGGCAGGCAACACUCUUUCCCAGAUCUGGUCACACCAGUUUCUUUGGCCUUCCCAGUGUAACUGUUUUUGAGAUGUCAGGAACCACUUACCUAGGCUUUGUAAGUAAGUCCAGUAAAUUCAUUGGUUUCCCAAGUGAACUUUGAUAAAAUCAGACUGGUUUGUUGCAGGUACCUUCUGAGGAAGGGAUUCGGCAUUGCCUACUGCCCCCAAUCAGGGAACAAUUGGUUCUCACAAUGAAUGGUAAAUUUAUUAAUGUUAUUGUGACUCUAAUACGGUAUUAACAAAGACAAGAAACCUGCAGAUAAAACAAAAUGUUAAAAGAAUGUAAACAUUUAAGUUGUUUUAAUAAAAAGGAUUUGUGUGUAAAGAUUGA